GGUGCUCUGUGGCGCAUGCACUGUUUGUCCUCUACCUCUCCGAACACCUGAGUCAUUUAACAAGCAAACGGCGUUUUCAACAGAGCAUUCAUCACAGCAGAUUGCAGGUGAGGCAGCAGGGAAGUCUGGGAAAUCUCCAGGAUGGAGUCCCAGUUGAAGCCGGCGGCUCUCCUCCUGGCUCUGUGGUGCUGCUGCAGUGCUCAACGCGUUAACUACAUAUGGCCACAUCGAGGAAGCGUCAAUGGAGCAACACGACUCACCAUCAAUGGCGACGGUUUUGCUCAGGAAAAACAAUUCCAGCUGAAUCCAAAAGACGACACAUUUGGCAACCGUGUGACCCUGGUGUCAGACACCCGGUCAGUCCCCUGUGAGGUGGAGAGAGACUCAACACACGGCAACCAGAUCCUGUGUUACACCAGUGCCAUGCCGUCUGAUCAAUAUGUGGUCCGUGUCAGCGUGGACGGUGUUCCUAUUCCUGACAGCAAUAUAUGCCGUGGUGCUUACAAAUCAUACCAUUGCAGCAUAUAUACUGUCUGGUACCGCACACCUACCAUCUCCACUCUGAGUCCAGUCACUGGUCCCCCAGGCACCUUGGUGACACUGCGAGGACGGACCUUCAGUGAUGUGUAUGGAAGCAACACCGACAAGAGCUCCAAUGGCCUCGACGUCAGAUUUCUGAGAUCCUACAUGGGAGGGAUGCCAUGCGAGUUGCUUAAACCGGAGUCAGAUGAACUGUAUAACCUACAACUGGACUCUGAAACUUCUCAGUGGGGAUACAUGAGCUGCAAAAUGACGGGGACGUAUGUUGGGCAUCACAACUUGAGUUACAUUCUCGAUAACGAUUUUGGAAGGAGUCUGACAGACAAGAAGCUUUACAGAGUUUCAUCUUUGGAAAAACUCUCUAUGUUUCAGACCUUUGCAGAGGUGACAGGAGUCUCACCAUCCAACGGUAGCGUCAUGGGUGGAACCCUGCUGACCGUCCACGGCCGCUUCUUCGACCAAACCGAUCUCCCAGCACGUGUUCUCGUCGGAGGCCUGCCUUGUGAAAUCCAGAGUGUGUCCAAUGACAGAAUAACGUGCAGGACUGCCAAACACGAUAUGGACAAAAACAUGACAGUCUACCCAGGUGGAAGAGGCUUGAAGAUGGAGGUGUGGAACGACACAAGACCCAGAUACCUGACUGACAUUCGCAACUACAAUGACAACACAACGGGAUAUUGGGCACAGUGGAUCGACUCCAUGCCGCACAUCUUUCCUUUUGAAUUGGAUUUGAUCAGCACUCGAACCAGAGGCUUCUUCGUCCCUCCAAAGAGCGCCAACUACACUAUUUACUUCCACUGUGAUGACCGAUGUGAGCUCUACUUCAGCAACUCAAGCCGCCCAGAGGAUAUGGUUAAAAUUGCGUUUCAACCAUAUUAUGUCGCAGACUACACAAAACUGGUAUCACAAAAGUCUGAAGUAAUGGCUCUAGAGAAAGGAAAACCCUACUACUUGGAAAUCCUGCAUCAAGAGUAUGGCGGUCAAGCUCGUGUCAACGUUGCCCUGUUCAAAGGGGAGAGCCCCUUUACUGAAGACCAGACGGACGAUGCUGUCAAUGAGGUUCAGAAUAUCGUGAUUGAAUAUGAGGUGUUCGAUGAGGAACUGGCAGUGACCUUUGAAUCGUGGCCCAGCAGUGCCGCCGCAGUCAAAGAGGUGCAGAAAGUUACCGUCAGCAGCAACUGUGCCAGCCAUCUUUGUGGGAGUACCUUCUUCAGCCUGGGCUAUGGAGAAGCAAUGACUGGACCAAUUCCAGUCAGUGCCUCAGCAAUUAUAGUGGAAGCAGCCUUGAACAGCCUUUGGUCCAUCAAACCCGACACAGUUAAGGUCACCAAACAGUCCGAUGGCCAAGGAUCGCACUACAUAGUCACAUUCAACUCUGACAGAGGGGAUUUCAAACCUCUUCGCUCUGAGGUUUUUGGCUCCGACACCAACGUCACUGUUGCUGAGGUUACAAAGGGAACAAGCAACAUGAAGACCUUCACUUUGGUCUGGGGGGGAAUCCCUACAAAGCCCAUCACCUUCAAUGCAACUGAGUCUGAGGUGCAGUCGGCCCUGCAGGACAUGAUGAAAGCCGAGUGCCCCGGAGAGAUCUUGACAACGGAAGGGACUAAUGUGAAAUACUUCAAUGACUUUGAAAAUGAUAUCUCUCAGUUCGAUACUGCUGAAGAAGGGACUCCAGUGAACAACUCUGGUUUCUGCGGUCAAUGGUCGCUGAAGAACGCUGUGGUUCUUUUCAAGGAAAGUUACAACAAAGAGUCUGGUGAUGCCUACGGACCAGUUUCAUUGGAUGAUCAUUCGACGCUUUGCUUUGCAUACAAGGGAAUGCUGAAGGAUGAAGUUGGAAUGAAGUUCACUUACCGCAGCAGCGAUGGCCAAACCAAGACAGAGACAGCAAAGAUCAACACGGUCUUCAAUAAGGGCCACAAAUGGAGUUACACAUGCAUGGACCUGCAGAGUUCCCUGCAGACAGAAUACAUUGGGAGCAAAUACAGUCUGCUGGAGCUUUACCUCUACAAAGACGAGUCUGGUGAUUUCUAUGUGGAUGCCGUUUACAUUGGAAAGACGCCCACCACAAGUGAUGUGAACGUUGUUCCCCACAAGAGGAGGCCUCCUCCUUUUGAGAGCUCUGGUCAUUCCUUCGAGGUGUUUUCUAUUACCAAAGACACAUCAACUGGUUCACAGAUCAGCUACAAAAUCAAAGCCAUGGCGGUAGAUUGUGGCUUUGGGUUCCCGCUGCUAGAAGUUGGCUUCCUGCAGAUGUCCAACAGCAGCGAGGAUAUGGCUGAGUUCAGGGAAGGAGCAGCCACCGUCACCAUCACUCGCCCUCACAGAGCCACCCCUCCUCUGAACGGCACCUUUGAUGUGGAGAUUUAUGGAGGCCGAGCUGAAGGUCUGUCAGUGGACAUCAGCGAGGAGGACCUGAAGUACGCCCUGGAGGGAAUUGCGGGGAUGGGUCAGGUCAGCGUUAAAUAUCAGGGAAGCUGCAGACGCCCCAAGUGGAGGGUCGAGUGGCUCACUAAACCCGGAGACCAGCCUCUGAUGCAGCUUAGCGGCUCGUCCAUUGUCGGCAAAAACGUAGAUGUUUUCGCCCAGGAGAAAAAGAAGGGAGGAUUGUUGUUCAGAGGCCUCUUAGGAGAUUUCUUCCGUGUCGGGGAAACCAAACCACAGGUGGAGGUUUACAUCAAUGGCAUUCCCUCAAAGUGUUCUGGUGCCUGCGGGUUUGAAUGGUCUGAGGACGCAACUCCAGUUGUGACUGGAAUCAGCCCAUCUCAAGGAUCUAAUGGACUUGGGACUCUUUUGACUGUUACUGGAACUGGCUUCCGUAGUGAAAAUGCCUCCAUCUUUGUGGGAAAGGCCAGGUGUGAUGUUGAACAGAUCACCGCAACCACUCAGGUGUGCAGACUGGGCAGCGCCAGUGCUGGUACCUACCCGGUGUCGGUCAGCUUCCCCUCUCUGGGUAAUUCUCGCUACCCAGACGGCAACAUGUUCCACUUCACCUACCAGCUCAUUGUUUCCUCUUUCUCUCCGCUCUCUGGAAGUGUGGCAGGAGGCACACUGCUGACAGUGAGUGGUUUCGGCUUCGGCCAGAACACCACAGUUACUGUUGGCAGCGAGGAGUGCGUGGUGGUUCAUGCCAGCGACACUGAGCUGAAAUGCAGAACGCCACCAGGAACUGCAGGAUCACAAACCGUCACAGUGAUGAUGGGAAACAUGAGUCAGACAGCCAGCAGCUCCUUCACCUACGAUAAUAACCUCACACCGCAGAUCUCAGGCCUGAGCCCUCCAACUACCACUGUGAUUGGACAUCGAGUUCUCACCAUCCAGGGUUCGAACCUGGGAGGCCAAGACAAUGACAGCAUGGUGUUCGUAGGCAGGAAGGAGUGUGUCACCGUCCAGUGGACAUCUACAAACAUCACCUGUCUUCUCCCUGUGCUGCCGCCCGGUCUGUACAAGGUGGAUGUACAGGUUGGAAACAAUGGCUACCCCCAGACAAGCAACGGUGUGAACGCCACCAUUGAGUACAUCCUGGAAAUCAACAGCAUCACCCCACUGUUUGGCUCUCUCCUGGGAGGAACCAGACUGAUUGUUUCUGGAUCUGGUUUCAGCACAAACACCUCUGACAACAAAGUCUCCAUCGGAGGAGCUGAGUGCGAAGUGACGGACGCCUCAGAGAACGAGCUGCAGUGUGUUGUUCAGUCGGAGCAGAAGACUCACAUUGUCACCAACCAGGGAUCCCACCGCACUCAUGGACAGGGGUAUGCAUGGAGUCCUGCCUCACAGACGGUGUUUGUUGGAGACACAGUAAUGUGGCGCUGGGAGGCACCACCCUUCCAGAAUGUCGGGUACCGGGUCUUCAGUGUCUCCAGCCCAAGUGGCACCACCUAUGAAGGCGGACCAUUCAACAGUGGACAGACCAAGACAGCCAAAGGGUUUUUCAGCUACCGUUUCACUACACCCGGUGUAUAUUACUACAGCAGUGGCUACAUAGAUGAUGCCAACGCCUUCCUGCUGCAGGGAGUUGUGAAAGUCCAGCCUCGGGAGGAGAAGAGCAGCAAGAUCUCUGUCAGCGUGGGAGGCAUGGAGGCCAGACAGGUGACUGGAGGUUCACGUCGUGUCUCCAGAGCCACCGCACAGUGCGUCGCCUCCUCACAGUGCCAACAGACCAAUGAGACUUCAGAUGGCCUUUCCUUCAGCGCCUCUGCCUGCUCCACGCCCACGGUCCACUCCAUCUCUCCCAACCAGGGGUCGUACCACCAGGUCAUCCACAUUCAGGGCAGUGCCUUCAGUGACAUUGCCUGCGCUAAUGAGGUGACAGUGGGAGAUCAGCCUUGUCAGGUGAUCAACAGCUCUCACUCUGAGAUCUACUGCCAGCUCAGCGACAAGAGCGAACUUCCCAUCGGCGUCGCUCACCCUGUAGCCCUCAGAGUCAACAACUUUGGCAGCGCCAUCAUCGCCGUACCAAACGAGCUCGCCCGUCGUUUCGUGGUUCUGCCUGUGGUUAAUUCAGUCUCGCCCCCUAUCGGCAGCCCCACCGGCCACACGCGGGUCCUCAUCUACGGCUCUGGUUUCUCUGAAGGACAAGUGACUGUAGCCAGCGAGCCGUGCACUGUUGUGUCAGUCAAUUACACUUGUAUCACCUGUGACACCUCGGCUUCUCAGCCUCACACUGGCGAUGUCGUCUUCCAGAUGGGCAGGAUCCCAAGCUCUUGCCACUCAAACUGCUCCUUCAUGUACUCCUCCUCCGUCACUCCCACGGUCACCGGUAUUUCCCCCGAGAGCAUCAGCGAUUUAACCACCGUCACCAUCUCGGGCUCAGGGUUUGGCAGCCGUGUGGAUGACCUGGCGGUGUUUGCCAGCACCAUACAGCUGGAAGUCAGCGCCGUAACUGAUGGCAACAUUUCACUAAGAGUUAGCGCUCUGCCUGCGGGCGACCACCCAGUCAUAGUGAUUGUGAGAAGUAAAGGCCUUGCAUCCGGUCCUGUAACCCUGAGCAGCCAAGCCCAAGCCAGCCUCAACCCCGACACUGGCAGUCUGGCAGGAGGAACCUCUCUCGUCUUCACUGGAAACGGUUUCGCUCCAGGGAACACCAGCGUGACGGUCGAUGGCCAACCCUGCGAGAUUCAAGAGGUGACACCGGGUCUGCUGCGCUGCCUGACGCCUCCUCACAGUGCGGGGCUGGUGACCGUCAACAUCCAGGUCUUUUCUGUGCAGUAUCCUCCUCUCAACUUCACCUACUCUGCAGCCAACACUCCUGUCAUCAGCUCCAUCAGCCCCACCACUGGGCCGAGCGGGGCAGUCAUCACACUGACAGGUUCAGGAUUUGGCACCGACUCUCAGCGAGUCUCCGUCACCAUAAACCACGUCCCCUGCAAUGUGUCCUCAGUGUCCGACACACAGGUCCAGUGCACUGCAGGAGACAACCCAGGGGGGGCGUACCCAGUCAUACUGCAGCACCAGGUCAAAGGUCAAGCCCAGUCAGAUGUCACGUUCAUGUACGAGCUGACCCUGAGCGGCGUGCAGCCCAAUGAGGGCAGUUUUGGCGGCGGUGCUCUGCUGUCCGUGCAGGGUUCUGGGUUUGACCCGCACAACUCCACUGUGAUGAUCUGCGGGGAGGAGUGCAAAGUUGACAGAGAAAUGUCGACAUCAAGCCGUCUGUACUGCGAGUCUCCAUUCAACAACGGCACUCAGUCGGAGGUGAGCUGUGCGGUUGCUGUCAUUAACCAGCUGGAUACCGUCAACAUAUCAAAUGGCUUCGCCUACAAAUCUCAGUUGACUCCGGUGAUCACUGAGGUUUCUCCACGCAGAGGAGGCACCGCCGGAGGCACCCGGCUCACAAUCACCGGCUCCGGUUUCAGCACUAACAUGAAUGAAGUGAACGUGACGAUCGCGGGGUCUGUGUGUGACGUUCAAUCCACCAACAACACACACAUCAUCUGUGUGACAAACGCUCAGCGACAGUCUCAGGAAACCAAAGUCAGAGUCAGCAUCGGAGACAGAGGCAUCGCCAAGAUGGACGACGCAGAUUUCUUCUACAUUGACGUGUGGUCGUCCAGGUUCACGUGGGGUGGUCUGUCUCCGCCUGAGAAGGGCUCGUUCGCUGUCAUCACUAAAGGCCAGACCAUCCUGCUGGACUCCAGCACCCCUGUGCUGAAAAUGCUCCUUAUUCAAGGAGGGACAUUGGUGUUUGAUGAAGCGGACAUCGAACUGCAGGCAGAAAACAUCCUGAUCACAGACGGCGGGCGUCUUCAGAUCGGCCAGGAGGGGGCGCCAUUCCAGCACAAAGCCAUCAUCACACUUCAUGGAAACCUGCGCUCACCUGAACUCCCCGUUUAUGGAACCAAGACGCUGGCUGUCAGAGAGGGAGUGCUGGACAUGCAUGGUAUUCCAGUUCCUGUCCCCUGGACCCACUUGGCCCAGACGGCGACCAGUGGCUCCUCCACAGUGACCCUGAUGAAGGCAGUGACGUGGAAAGUUGGAGAUGAAAUCGUCAUUGCUUCUACCGGCCACAGGCACAGCCAGAGAGAGAACGAGGUGAGGAAGAUCGUCACCGUGUCGGCUGAUGGAAAGACUCUAACCCUGAACGAACCCCUCACGUACACUCACCUCGGUGUGACUGUCACGCUGCCUGAUGGCACCGUGUUUGAGGGCCGAGCUGAGGUGGGUGUCCUCACCAGGAACAUCGUGGUACGAGGCUCCCAACACCAAGAAUGGAACGACAAGAUCGAAGCCUGCCCCGAAGGCUUUAACACAGGUGAAUUCACCACCCAAACCUGUUUCCAAGGAAGGUUUGGAGAGGAGGUCGGCAGCGAUCAGUUUGGAGGCUGCAUCAUGUUCCACGCACCCAGACCAAAUGAGAAUCUUGCAAUGGGCAGACUGGAAUAUGUUGAGGUCUUCCAUGCAGGACAGGCCUUUAGACUGGGACGUUAUCCCAUCCACUGGCAUCUGAUGGGAGACAUCAACUACAAGUCAUAUGUUAGGGGUUGUGCUAUCCAUCAGACCUUCAACAGGGCCGUAACCAUCCACAACACCCACAAGCUGCUUGUGGAGCACAACGUCAUCUACAACAUCAUGGGCGGGGCCUUCUUCAUUGAAGACGGCAUUGAGACGGAGAACAUCCUGCAGUACAAUCUGGCCGUGUUUGUCAAACAAAGCACCAGCCUGCUGAACGACGACGUCACUCCCGCCGCCUACUGGGUCACCAACGCCAACAACAUCAUCCGCCACAACGCCGCCGCAGGAGGCACCCACUUCGGCUUCUGGUACCGCAUGCACGAGCACCCCGAUGGCCCGUCCUAUGACGCAAACAUCUGCCAAAAGAAGGUUCCCCUGGGUGAGUUUUAUAACAACACCGUGCACUCUCAGGGCUGGUUCGGCCUGUGGAUCUUCCAAGACUUUUUCCCCAUGCAGAACGGACGCUGCAACUCCAAAACCCCCGAGCCUGCUGUCUUCCGCUCCCUCACCACCUGGAACUGCGAGAAAGGUGCUGAGUGGGUCAACGUGGGCGCCGUGCAGUUCAACAGCUUCGUCAUGGUCAACAAUGAGAAAGCCGGCGUUGAAGCCAAGCGCAUCAUGCAGUGGGCCGUGAGCAGAUUCGGAGAGGAUGGAGGGGCGACGGUGUCCAACAGCACCAUUGUGGGACACGUGGAUGAGCUCGGACUGGGUGAUAACUACUGCACGCACCGAGGUAUCAUCGCGCCACUGGACGAUGGCCUGAGUGUCCUUAACACCAAGUUCAUCAACUUCGACCGCAGCUCUUGCGCAGCCAUCGGGGUAGCCAGAAUCGACGGGACAUGUGUGGAUCGGUGUGGUGGCUGGGCUGUCAGGUUUAGUGGUAUCCAGUACUUCAACUCACCCAACAAGGCCGGCUUCAGGUGGGAGCAUGAGGUGCAACUGGUGGACACUGAUGGCUCCCUCACAGGAGACAUCAACCACAAAGUUGUGCCUAUGAGCGCCUUGCUGGACCCUGAUCACUGUUCCCAGAGUGACGAGUGGAGUGUGGGUUUCCCUGGUGCUGUGUGCGACCACACCGUCGAGUUCCAUCGUUUGUCAUUCAACAAUCCAACGCCAACCUCUCUGAAGGCCAAGGAUGUCAUCUUAACCAACUCACAUGGCUCCAGUGCAGUUCCCUAUUUGAAGAAGAGAAUGACUCAUAAGUAUGGCUGGAUGGCCAUGCUGCCCUCCGGACAGACCUACAACUGGUACUUUUCCGACAUGGACCACGUCACCAACAUCACAUAUGCUGCAAAAUUCUACAGCUUCAAGCCCGAUCAAUAUGUGAUCAUCAACCACAACUUAACCCAGAGUCCAGACAGAUUCCGCAUCAUCGAUGAGAGGAACGGCUCGGUGACGCCGCUGAGCUUCAGCGAUAACAAUAACGGAGACUGGUACUUCGACCAAAGCACCAACAACCUCUACUACAUCAUUUCUGGGAAGACCAACCAGCGGCGGCGGCGUGCCAGCGUUGACCGUUCCAUGACCGACUCUGAGGUGAACUUGAGGGUCUACCGCUGCUUCUACACCGACUGCCUCACACCGACGCCACCGCCUCCAGCCACACUCGCCCCCUUGCCCUCCGGCCGGCCUGAAGAUUUCAUUCUGUGGUCUAAUGUCUCGUUCUGGACAAGUUCAGCUGAAAAUAACUUCUCUGCGCCAAAAGAGGGCGCUGAUGUGGUCAUCCCAUCAGGAAAGUGGGUCAUUUUGGACAGCGACACUCCUCCCCUCAACAAGCUGACUAUCAUUGGAGUCCUAGAGAUCCCCGACACCAACAUCACAUCCAGCAGACAGGCUCGGGCUACAGCUGAAUACAGGACUGUGGUGAUAAACGCUGUCUAUAUCUCCAUCCAGGGCGGCAGGCUGAUGGCAGGAAAGAAGGACGAGCCGUUCAGAGGUCAGCUGCACAUCAAACUGAGAGGGAACCACAGAACGCCUGACUGGCCUCUGCCUGACGGACCCAACCAGGGAUCCAAAGUCCUCGGUGUGUUUGGUACUCUGGAGCUUUAUGGGCUACCUCACAGCGUUUACCACACCAAACUCGCUGCCACUGCUGCCGCCGGAUCCAACACUCUGACCCUGUCGCAGUCCGUCGACUGGCAGGUUGGAGAAGAGGUCGCCAUCUCCACCACGGGCUACAACGCGUGGGAGACAGAAAAACGCCAGAUUACUGCCGUGUCAGAGGACGGCCUCAUGCUGACCCUGAACCAGCCUUUGACCCACACCCACGUUGGUGGGACUCACUCUGUCUCAGGUACAUCGCUCUCCUACACUCUGGCGGCUGAUGUUGGUCUCCUGACCAGAAAUAUUAAGAUCAUCGGUCAGGAGUAUGCACAGAUGAUGCAGGAGUCGUUUGGAGCCAGACUUUUGGUUGGCACCUACUCCUGGGAAGGAAUCGACUAUAAAGGCAAAGCUCAGAUCAGGAACGUGGAGUUCUUCCACUCUGGUCAGGAAGGCUGGAACGAUGACAGUGACCCUCGUUACUCCGUGGCCUUCCUCAACCUGGAAGAGGUUUCGGAAGAUGACUCGUACAUUCAGGGUUGUGCUUUCCAUGACGGUUUCUCUCCAGCCAUUGGAGUCUUUGGGACCGAAGGACUGAACGUUGACGAUAACAUUGUCCAUCACACUGUGGGAGAAGGUAUCAGGAUCUGGGGCGACAAGAUAACAGUGAGGAGGAACCUGGUGAUGAUGACGCUGUGGCCUGGAUCAUAUCAGGACAGAGAGGAGCCCUUCAACUACGCCUGGAACGCUGCCAUCGAGGUCAACGAGGGGACAAAUGUUGUGCUGCAACAUAACAUCGUGGCAGGUUACGAGAGGGUCGCUUAUCGCAUCGACGGCGAACCGUGUCCAGGUUAUUUGAACGAGAAUGAGAAGUGGAUUCAUAACGAGGCGCACGGCGGUCUGUACGGAGUCUAUAUGAACAAAGACGGUUUGCCCGGCUGCAGCCUCAUCAGGGGCUUCUUCAUCUGGAGGAGCUUUGACUACGGCAUCUACUUCCAGACCAUCAUGAAUAUUGUUAUUUCCAACGUGACGCUGGUGGACAACGGGUUGGGUGUGAUGCCUCUCAUCUACGCUCCUCCUUCGGUCUCCCACACAUACGCCGAUAAAAGCGUACAUAUUCAGAAUGCCUUGAUUGUUGGCAGCAGUCCGAGCUUCAACUGUUCAGACACUGUGCCCGCCACUGACUUUAAUAUUGUCAACAGUGAGGACCAUCGAGCACCGAGACCUCUCAAUGGUGGCAGAUCUGGACUCUGUUGGCCAACUUUUGGAUCUAGGCACAACACCGCUCCAGCUAAGCCUCAUCAUGUGAACAACAACUACAAUGCCAUCAAAGGACUGAUGACAGUCAAGGACACAACAUUUGUGGGUUUCCGUAACGUCUGCUCCAGCGAGACGAACUUCAUGUUCAUCACCAACCCGCUCAACGAGGACUUGCAGCACCCUGUGCAGGUUUCAGGCAUAAAGACAGUUGACAGCACAGAAGGGGCCAAAGUCUUCAUCCACAGGGCUGAUUUAGGUAAAGUGAACCCAUCUGACUGCGUGGACAUGGACUGCGAUGCGAAGAAGAAGAGCUUGCUGAAGGACUUGGACGGCUCGUUCCUGGGUGCAGUGGGAACUGUUGUGCCCCAGUCUGAGUACGAGUGGGGAGGUGAUGCCAGGAGGGGGCUGGGCGACUACCGCAUCCCCAAAGUCAUGCUCACUUUCCCCAACGGCAGCCGCAUCCCUGUGGACCAGAUCGCUCCACACAAAGGUGUGAUCAGGAAAGACUGCACGUACAUGAGUACCUGGCAGAGCUACAAGUGUUUCGGGCUCAGUUACAGGAUGCUGGUGAUCGAGAGUCUUGACUCUGACACAGAGACCAGACGUCUGUCCCCCGUUGCCGUCCUCGGAGACGGCUUUGUGGAUCUUCUCAACGGUCCUCAGGAUCAAGGUUGGUGUUCGGGCUACACCUGCCAGAAAAGAGUGUCUCUCUUCCACAGCAUCGUGGCCACUGGUCACUCCUUCGACGUCUACUUCUCCAGCGUCAGCCCGCAGAAACUUCGCCUCAUGAUGCUCAACGCUGAUCCGUCUGAGAGCGUCGUGGUGUCGGUCUUCUAUUCCAAGCCGCAGCGGUUGGAUGUGUAUGUUGACAACAAACUGGUCGCUCCGACUAACGCUAAGUGGAACAAUGACGAAACUGACUAUACCCUGAAUAAGCCCAUCGUAGCAGGUACUAAUGUCAAUACUUUCCCCCAACUGAAUGACACUUUGGGAACCAACUACUUCGACCAGGACAACAAGAUGCUGAAGGUCUUGGUGAGAGGAUCCAAACCGGUGGAAAUCCGAACCUCCCCGGUUCUCUUCCUCGCCUUCGAGCUGCCCGCCAUGACGGAGGAUGAGUUCUUCGGAGACAGCCUGGUCCAGAACCUCGCUACCUUCCUCAAAGUUCCCCCGAAUAUGAUCCGAAUCACCAAGAUCAUCCGGGAGGAUGGAAGCGGGCGACGCAGGAAGAGAUCCACUGGCCUGACGGUGGAGGUGGAGAUUAAGAAACCUCCAGUCCAGCAAACCACCAACAGCACCAACGAUGAGGAGGACUUUGUUUUGUUGCAGAGCAUUGCUGACAAUCUGGGUCAGGCAGCAGUUUCUGGAAACCUCAGUCAGUCCAUCGGCUUCAACGUGUCUUCGAUGGGCGUCAUCCCUCCUCCUCCUCCAGCAUCUGACCCCGACUGGAAUAAGGAGGCCACAGCGGAAGUGACAAGAGAGGAGCCUAAAGUGAGCUUUGUGUCCGGCGUGUCCAAACUGCUGUUGAUGGCGGAUCCGAUAGCCGGGGAGUUUGUGGGUCCUCUGCACCAGCAGCCCAGCCUCAUGGCUGUGGAUGAGCAGGGUAACUGUGUCUCUGUGGGAGUGACGAGUCUCACUGUAACAGCCAGCCUGAAGGACUCCAGCGGGAACAGCAUAGACGGACUGAACGGAAACACCACCAUCCUGUUCAGCACCUGCUGGGGAAACUUCACCGACCUGUCCAUUCUCAACAGCGGUGAGAACCUCACCAUGGCCUUCACUCUGAAGGAGUGGGGCGCUGAGUCACGCAGCUUCUCGGUCAAAAGCACUCCAACCACAGAGGCCCCAACGACCAGCAGCAACGUUACAACCUUAACCACAGCCGAACCGCAGACCACCGACAACAGCAUCUUCAGCGGUGGCUCGGCCGUGGCUGCCGGCAGUCUGUGUCUGGUCAGCGUUAUCUACGCUGUAGCCUGCUGCUCAGACAGCACCCCCAUAUGCUAGAUAGUUCUGUGAAGCUAAGAGGGUUUUAUGAAGGAUAUCUCAACAUUUAUUCACUUUAACUUGAACAAAUCUGCUCAAUGAAAGGAAUGUAGUUGUUGAUAAUAUUAUGAACAUGGUGUUUUUUCCUUUUAAUAUCAAUUUAUAUAAGCAGUUAAACAGAUUUAUUGGGUUGGGGUUAAAAGAUUGAUGAGGAAAACCAAUGAGCCAAAUUAAAGCACUUAUCCCUCCAUCUGUUUUUUGGUUUUUUUGAGUUCUUUGGUUUUGUUAUAUGUAAAUGUCUGUUAUGAUUAUCAUAAAUGUCCUAUAAUAUAGACUUUCUAUUUUAAAACAGGUGCAAUAGGGUUUAACUUGAAUCUGUAACAAGGUGAAGGAAGACAUGAAGUUUGUAUUUUGUUAAUGAUUGUUUGAAGCUUUAUUUUCCUUUCAAUAAAUUCACAUCCACAAAAUA